AUGGGGAAAGCGACUCUCAGCGGAUAUUCUCGAGCUUUGUAUCUCGAUUUUACGAAACCUGGAAGCACCUUCAACAAUUCGGGAAAAUAUUCCAAUCACGUGAAUAUAUUGGACAACCUUGGAAGUCUUGGCUCUUCCGCUCGAUUUCCGCCAAUGCUUUUUCCGCCCCGGUCCAGAGCCAACUCCGAGCGGAUCUCUCAGCACAUAAAUGUUAUAUACCACUCAUCCAGUCUAAACCAGAUGGCGACAAUGUUUCGCCCUUGGAUCCCAAAAGCCGCUCGACUCCCAUCACCAUGUAUUGUAAAGUAUCCAGUCCCAUCGUCGCUAACUCGGCGAACAUUCACCUCUACGCCUUCACACCUCAACGAUGAUAGCACGCAACAAUCCACAACCACCAAUGCACCUUCAGCCCACACAAGCAUAUACAAAAAUUUCGGCCGGGCCUUUGCAAAAGUCUUUCUAGGUGGCGUGCUCACGUACCAGAUUAUCUAUUGGGCAUGGAUGAGGCUGGAGGUUGAUGAAGAGAAGGUGAUGAAGAACACUGGGCUGGAAAGUAAGGCGCGGGAGUUAUCGGCGACGCUGAAGAAGAAUGCUGAGUGA